CCAGGUAUGAUGAUGUCAAACGUGAUGCCGAUGCUACAGUUACAGACACGGCCCCUGCUGGCGCAGCCUCUCUGAUUCUCUCUCCCUCCGCGUCCGGCGCUGGGCUUUUUCAGACAAGUGCAUCUUCUAACCAGGUCACAUUUCAGCCGCGACCCACCCUCCGUCAGUCACCAGAGUCAGACCGCAGGAGGAGGGCUGAGGACAGCAGCAUUUCCUUCGCCAACAACGGGGUGGAGGGAAGGACGUUUAAAUCCUGCAAAAGUCAAGACCCCCCCAAGACCAACCCAGACCACGAUGCGCGCCCCGAGCUGCGGGCGACUGGCGCUGCCGCUGCUGCUGCUCGCCGCAGCCGCUCUGGCCGAAGGCGACGCCAAAGGGCUCAAGGAGGGCGAGACCCCCGGCAAUUUCAUGGAGGACGAGCAAUGGCUGUCGUCCAUCUCUCAGUACAGCGGCAAGAUCAAGCACUGGAACCGCUUCCGAGACGAGGUGGAGGACGACUACAUCAAGAGCUGGGAGGACAACCAGCAAGGAGAUGAAGCCCUGGACACCACCAAGGACCCCUGCCAGAAGGUCAAGUGCAGUCGCCACAAGGUGUGCAUCGCCCAGGGCUACCAGAGGGCCAUGUGCAUCAGUCGCAAGAAGCUGGAGCACAGGAUCAAGCAGCCUACUUUGAAACUCCAUGGAAACAAAGACUCCAUCUGCCAGCCCUGCCACAUGGCCCAGCUCGCCUCUGUCUGUGGCUCCGAUGGCCACACUUACAGCUCAGUGUGUAAGCUGGAGCAGCAGGCCUGCCUGAGCAGCAAGCAGCUGGCCGUGAGAUGCGAGGGCCCCUGUCCCUGCCCCACGGAGCAGGCUGCCGCCUCCACCACUGAAGGCAAGCCAGAGACCUGCACGGGUCAGGACCUGGCUGACCUGGGGGAUCGGCUGCGGGACUGGUUCCAGCUCCUUCAUGAGAACUCCAAGCAGAACGGCUCGGCCAGUGGAGCAGCCAGCCCGGCCACCGGGCUGGACAAAAGCCUGGGGGCCAGUUGCAAGGACUCUAUUGGCUGGAUGUUCUCCAAGUUGGACACCAGUGCUGACCUCUUCCUGGACCAGACCGAGCUGGCUGCUAUCAACCUGGACAAGUACGAGGUCUGCAUCCGCCCUUUCUUCAAUUCCUGCGACACCUACAAGGACGGCCGGGUGUCCACUGCCGAGUGGUGCUUCUGCUUCUGGAGGGAGAAGCCCCCCUGCCUGGCGGAACUGGAGCGUAUCCAGAUCCAGGAGGCUGCCAAGAAGAAACCAGGCAUCUUCAUCCCGAGCUGUGACGAGGACGGCUACUACCGGAAGAUGCAGUGUGACCAGAACAACGGCGACUGCUGGUGUGUGGACCAGCUGGGGCUAGAGCUGACCGGCACCCGCACGCACGGGAGCCCCGACUGCGAUGACAUCGUGGGUUUCUCAGGGGACUUUGGGAGUGGUGUCGGCUGGGAGGACGAGGAGGAGAAGGAGACGGAAGAAGCAGGCGAGGAGGCCGAGGAGGAGGAGGGCGAGGCGGGCGAGGCGGACGACGGAGGCUACAUCUGGUAGAUGGCCCUUGGGAGCCGUGGCGGGCCAGGGUGCCGACGGCCAGGGAGACGGGCCAGCGGGGACCUGGACAGCAGUGGGCAGCUUAGCGAGUGGAUCCAGAAACCAGUUGGAAGGACCCUGGCUCGAGUGGGGAGGCCUCGAAGUGUGAGUGCAUGAUACGUGUGAGGCAUGUGUGGCUGGGACGGGUGAAUGCGUGUGUGCGUGCGUGUGGCAUGCGCUGACCAACAUGUCCUUGACCCCAAAGGUCCCUUCAGCCGCCCUGUAGUUUUCUUUCCAUUUGUCGUUGGUUUUAAAAUACACUCACACAUACACAACCACACACCAAAAUCAAUGGACUGAAAUGCCCGUCCCUGUCCCCACCCCCGGCCCCACCCAACACUCUGGGGUUCCCACCCUGCUCAGCCAGCCCUGCCCCCUCCUGCCCCUGCCUACCCUUCUCCCUCCCACUUCUGGGCCUAAGGGGAGGGAGGGCAGGCUGCUUUCUGUGGGCUGGAGGUCCUCCCAGCGCUGGGCAGAUUUGAUGUGAAACGGGCCUCAGAUGAUGGGCCAGGACACUGGCCACAGCAAGCCCUGUCCCUCUGCUGAGUUCUCAAGCACUGGAGAAACUCCCCUAACCCAAGCCAGAGUGACCAAAGGGGACUGAGGAGGAGCUGGGGCAGAGAGGGUGAGGCACGGGGAGGGGUGAGGAGGGACAGGAGUGGGCGGUCAGCUGAGGAUCUGCAGGCACAUGUCCUGGGCAGGGCCUCAGAGAGGAGAGGAGCAGCUGGAUGCCAGACCCCAGAACAGCCCAGCUGGCGCCCCGUGGGCCGCACGCGGCUGUGGCUGGGUGCUUGCUGGCCUGGAGACUGUGGCUGAGGCCAUGCCAUCCAGCCCUACCUGGCUCCCCGCUGGCACAGUCUGGCAGGGAUGCUGCUUUCACCUCCGUCUCCCAUGCUGGGGUCCCUCUUGUCCAUCCCAGGGAGCCUGAAGACCCAGAGCAGAGGUGUGUGCCCACCUUCCUGACCCCACCUCAAUGCUCCCCUCCUGCCCAAACCAGUGGAGAGACUUUUCCCUGGACCCUGUGAAGAAGUGGCUGGAAGUUGCCACCCAUUGAGGCCGUGAUCAUUCCUCUCCUUGAGCCUCAUUGGCCACCCCCAGCCCCAUUCCUCUCAGCCCCUGGGGGUUCCUUCUGCCCCCUGAGGGCCCCCAGGGGCUGCCCUAGUGAAGGGGCUCCUCUGAGUUCUGUUUUGAAGCCCUUAGUGUGAAAGAAUAGUAAAAAGUCUGUCAGCGGGGACAGAGUGGGGGCCGCUAGGCCCCAGGCCAUACCUCACCGUUCCCCGAAUCUCCUGAGCAAGUGGAAGGCCAUCUUACCCAGAGGAGAAGCCGCCCUGUGGUUUCUUGUUUGUGUGUUCACUGUUGUAUCUCCUAAGUAGCCCAGUUCUCCCAGUGGAAGCCAAUCCCUUAUGCCUUUGGUAGGGAAUCUCUUACCCAAACCGGGCCUCUGGCGCCCUUGGGUGCAUGGAGAGUGCAGUGUGUGUGUAUGUGUGUGUGUGUGUGUGUACGUGCGUGGGCGUGUGUGUGUGAACCUGGGGGCCAUCCUGGUGGCCUGGGAGUGUGGGGAGGGCCCCCUGCUCUCCCCAGCGUCUCCCUGUAUCUGCUGAGGGUCUGUCGGACUCUGUGGAAGAGCCUCGCCCUGUCCACCCCUCUACUCCACCCUGGAACGGACAUCUUCUGAGCCUUCUCUUGGGGGAAAUAACGAAACUCCACUUAGCCCCAUAAAGCGCUUCUCAUUCUGCA